AUCAAGACCAUUUCGCAAUGGAUAGGUCAGCGCAUAGCAAUAGACCAAUAUCUCCAAAAUAAAGGAACGCAGCGUCACGCCGCGGAUAUUCGCCGGGUAGACAUUGUAUAUCUGUCUGUCCGUCUAACAGUCUGAGUCAUGGGGUACUUAGCCCGAGGACUGACCAGUCUAGUUGUAGUCAUUAUAUCAGUGAUACUGGGAAUUGUGUUGCUUUCAGCGAACAAUGUAGAUGCAUAUCGAAGGGGCGGAUCUAGAUACUACAGGUCCUACCGGUAUUCCUAUUACUCACGAUAUUACUACUACAGAUACUACGGCUAUAGUACCACUGGAAGCUCAUCAGAUGCCGGAAUAAUUGCUGGGGCUGUAGUCGGCAGUCUUUUUGGAUUGGUGCUUAUUGGUGCCUGUAUUCUACUUGUGAGGCAUUAUUCCCUAAAAAGAAAUACUCAACAACGUAAAGUUAAAAAGGAAGCUGCUCAUGUUACGUUAAACACGCCCCAGUCAGUUAUUGAAAAGAGACAGGAAUUGUAUGAAAGGAAGGGUCCGGAAUAUUUCCAUCAGCAGCCCCCUGCUUAUAAUAAUCUGUACGGACAGCCUCCUCCCCCAGGACCCGGGCAGCCACCCCCAGGAGCCUUCUCAUACCAAGCCUCAGCCUACCCCCCUCCGGCUGAUCCGGCUUACCCUCCGGGAUAUGUUCCGAAAUAAAUCUACACCAUUGACUACUUAUCUUGAUACUCAUCUAUCAGUAUUAUUACCUAUACCAAUCUUCAACGUGGUACUAACGAGAUUUUCUACACUUUAUACUUAGAGUGGAUAUGGAUAAUUCCAGCAUUAUUUUACAGCAUUAAUUAGCACCUGAUCGUUUUUUUAAGUGCACAGUCUCAAUGAUGCCGUGUACUGUAUUUUUAGGCUAAUACUGUCCAUCCAAUUAUUUCCCUGUGAGUGACGGAUGCUUACGCUGUACUAUCCGUCAGACGAUUUUUUUUCUGUGAUAUAUCAUACGAGUUUUAUGUUUAUAAGGAGUAAUUUAUGUGUUCGCUGCUGUGGAAGAAAUU